CCAAUCAGAGGCCGCUUUCCUAGCUCUGUCGCCAGUCUGUGGUUGAGGAAGGCUUUUGCUUUUUAUGCUCUGUAUUGGGGAGGCAGAUAAAAUGCCAGGUCUGGACUGCCUCUGGGGAUAACCUCACCCUGUGUGAUGUGAAUGAAUAGCAUCCUGCCUGGUAAAUUCACAGGAAUUGAUAAGGCAGGCGCAGUUCUUCCAAAGAGGCCUUUUCUUUUUUAGCUCUAGCUGUGGUUUCUACAGCAAUAUUGUUUUUGCCUUAAAAGAGGUGCUGUGGAUUAUCAGACCUCCAUGUAUGACAAUUUGUACCUGCAUGGAGUUGAAGACUCGGAGGCUGAAGAAUAAUGUGAUGUGUUACCCAAGAUGGUGUGAACAGAGAGAGCCUCAAGCCAAUGGAGAAGACUAGGCCUAAAUAGCUGAGCCGGUGGAGUGCCAGAUAAAGCCACACCUGGAGGUGCCACAUCCUCAGCAGUCCCUCUCAGUGCCAAUGCAUUUAUGGCUGGUUCAGCGGAUUCCUAUACAAGCAGGCCAUCGGAUUCCGAUGUCUCUUUGGAAGAGGACCGCGAAGCAAUUCGGCAAGAGAGAGAACAGCAAGCAGCUAUCCAGCUCGAGAGAGCAAAGUCCAAGCCUGUAGCAUUUGCUGUGAAGACGAAUGUGAGCUACUGUGGUGCCCUGGAUGAGGAUGUGCCCGUUCCCAGCACAGCCAUCUCCUUUGACGCCAAGGACUUUCUUCACAUUAAAGAGAAAUACAACAAUGAUUGGUGGAUAGGGAGGCUGGUCAAAGAGGGCUGUGAGAUUGGCUUCAUCCCAAGCCCGCUGCGGCUGGAGAACAUACGGAUUCAACAGGAGCAGAAGAGAGGCCGUUUUCAUGGCGGGAAAUCGAGUGGGAACUCUUCCUCCAGUCUGGGAGAAAUGGUGUCAGGAACAUUUCGAGCGACUCCCACCACAACAGCAAAACAGAAGCAGAAAGUGACGGAGCACAUUCCUCCUUACGAUGUUGUACCAUCAAUGCGUCCUGUGGUAUUAGUGGGACCAUCACUGAAAGGUUAUGAGGUAACAGACAUGAUGCAGAAAGCCCUCUUUGAUUUCCUGAAGCACAGGUUUGAUGGGAGGAUAUCAAUAACAAGAGUAACGGCUGACAUUUCUCUUGCUAAGAGGUCUGUUCUCAACAAUCCUAGCAAGAGAGCAAUAAUUGAACGUUCAAACACCAGAUCCAGCUUAGCGGAAGUACAGAGUGAAAUUGAAAGAAUUUUUGAAUUGGCAAGAUCUUUGCAAUUGGUUGUUCUUGAUGCAGACACCAUCAAUCACCCAGCACAGCUUAUAAAGACGUCCUUAGCCCCCAUCAUCGUUCAUGUGAAAGUCUCAUCUCCAAAGGUUUUACAGCGGCUGAUUAAGUCCAGAGGAAAGUCUCAGAGCAAACACUUGAAUGUUCAACUAGUGGCCGCUGAUAAGCUGGCCCAGUGCCCGCCGGAAAUGUUUGAUGUUAUAUUGGAUGAGAAUCAGCUUGAGGAUGCCUGUGAGCAUCUGGGCGAGUACUUGGAGGCAUAUUGGCGUGCCACCCACACGAGCAGCAGUACCCCCAUGACCCCAUUACUGGGGAGGAAUGUGGGUUCCACGGCCCUUUCACCAUACCCCACAGCAAUCUCUGGAUUACAGAGUCAGCGAAUGAGGCACAGCAACCAUUCUACGGAGAAUUCUCCCAUUGAAAGACGAAGCUUAAUGACCUCUGAUGAGAAUUACCACAACGAGAGGGCUCGCAAGAGUAGGAACCGCUUGUCUUCCAGCUCCCAGCACAGCCGAGAUCACUACCCUCUGGUGGAAGAAGAUUACCCCGACUCAUACCAGGACACUUACAAACCCCAUAGGAACCGAGGCUCCCCUGGGGGAUACAGCCAUGACUCCCGACACAGGCUUUGAGGCUGCGGAAGCAAACACACAGAAACCCUCAUCUGUCGACAAUUUACCAUCGCACUGCUAGGAUAAACCGAUCAUCUUAAUUUGGCAAGCACAGCACAGUAUCUGCUGUGGGGGUGGGCUGCUGCCAUUUGAUUUAAGGGGCAAGAAUUAAAUCGAAGUACAUUAUGCCCUGGAGUCUAGACGGGUAUUAGAUGCCCAAUCAUAUAGGCAUUUUUAAGUGUUACAUUUACAUGAUAACAGUACAUUUUGUUUUCUUCAUAGAGUUUAGACACAUCAAUUUGUAACUUAGGGUACUUAUCAAGGCACAUAUAAAAUAAUUUCCCGUGUAGGAAAUUCCAAAUGACCAGUUCCAGUUGGAACCAAUUUAUAAACCAAUUCCUGUUGGAAUUUGGGUGAAUUGACUGGAAAGUCUACUUGAGCAUGUUGAAAUCAAUUGAAAAAUCAGGAAAAAAAAAUACCCAAUAAGAAAAUCAAAAUACCAAUAGAAACCCCAAACCAGCUGUGGUAUUUAUUUGCUGGAAGCUAAAUUUACACUUCAAGUUGGAAUGUAUAAACAUUUAAAUAUAAUAUGUUAAUGUUGCCAGAAUGGCUUUUCAAACCUACCAAAUGUAUUGAUAGUGCCAAAAAAUAAACCUCAGAAAUCUUAAUGCAGAAAUUAUAUAAUUGCCUCAGAUUUUAAUAUUUGUAUUUUUCCUGAUACAGCUGUUGUAUUCCAGGUAUUUUGCUUUCUGUUCAGUCAGGAGUUAGCCAGUUUGAAGCUGACAAAAUCAGGAGGGCAAGUUUAUCAGCAAUGAGAAUAGUAAAGAGAAACCCAAGCGUGGCCAGUUAUAGGAAAUGGGAAAUGAGGAGUCGUUUCUUCUGUAAUCAGUCUGCGCACAAGCACACACAUCUGGAGUCAGGUGACAGAGACAGGGCCAGACCUGGGGCAGAGGAGGUCAUCCAUCCCACUGCGCACCGGCCCUGGCUCAGGGAUUCUGCCAGCAUGGCUGAUGUCUUUCCCUAACUUCACUCAGUCUCUGUGUUUAAACACAAAGAAUGGUUAAGCACUACGCCAUAGUUUUUAAAUCAAGUUAACAGCUUUCUGUUUGUUUGUUUUUCAUGGACAUAAUCAAAUCAGGUACUGAAAGUUAUGUUUUCACAAGAAAAACUAAUUGGGAAAAGUUAAGACACUGAAUUAAAAUCUUGCAGAAAAACAAAACAAAACCCUGACAGAUUCAGAAUAUAUUUGUUCACUAAAAGUAAGGCACUUUGAAUGCAGGGCCUUCGAGAGAUUACAGACUGCUGUGUUCCAUUGCUAGUGAACAGCCUUUCGAUUUCCAAUGAGUGUGUUUAUGGAAUGGGUGACCCAUAUCCUAAAGAUUAAAGAAGACUUUAAUCCAAGAAAUUAUUGAAAUUGACUCUUUUGUACAAGAAACAACUGUCUUUAUGAAAGGACUUGUUUCUAAAAUGACCCAGUGCAUGUGUUUUCUAAAACCCCAAGUGGAGCUAGACAUAAAGGUCUCUUUCUACUAAUGCCUUGAAGUCAAUUUUUGAAAACGAGUAUAAUUCAUUUUGUAUUGUUAUUUUUCUCCAAAAAUUUCAAGACCUGGGCCCUCUAAACUACGUACCAGUUCAUUCAUUUUCCUGAUUGAGAGAAAAAGUUUCCUAUUCUUGAUCAGUUAUUCAUAUCUUGAAUCCCAUCACCCUCAUGUGCCCUCCCCUUGUCUUGACCGUAUGUGCAACCCGUUAUGAACCUGCUUACCUGACAAUGAGGCUGCCUGAAAUUUUGUAAGUAAUCUCAAACAUUUGAUACAUUUAAACAUGGGCUCAGUACAAUGGACAAGCUAACGUAUGAGACUGGCUUGUGAAGCUCUUCCGUCAUCUAGCGAGGCUUACAGGAUUUUCUGUUAAGACUUUUAAGAGAGCUAUAUUCAUUGGGCUCUUUAAUAAGCAUAUAAUCUUCCAUUACUGAAUACUUUGUUAGAGCACAGAAGAGCAUUUUCCAGCAAACAAACUAUAUUUAUUACAUGUAUAGCACAUAUUUGCAUGAGAAAGAAAACAUUAGCCAAACACUUUCCUGUAUGCUUUACUGGUUUCUUGUCUGUGCGCAUUAAAGCAUUUAAUUGCAGAGAGUGCACUCGGGUGUAUAAAUUUAGAAUAGACUGCUGUUCAGCUUUUUCUGCAGUAGCAUUAGCAAUUUGGUCAUUUAACUACUUUAAGAUAUUUAUAUUUUAUGGCAGGUAGCUGUAACAGCAUUUACAUAUAUUUCCUAGUCAACAAGGGUACCAUUUCUCUCCACUUUGAAGAGUCACUUGUUCUUCAGACCUCUCCAGCCUUUCUUCACCCCCCCUUUUGCCCUUCCAUGUCAUGCUGAAAGAGGGAGGCCCAUUUCAUCUGUGCACAAAACUCCCCCAUCACUUGCCACCAAAAGUUCAUACCUAUUUUGCUUUGCAGUCCUAUUCAAAAGCUAAUAAUGUUGGAAAGGGUAAAAAUGCAUAUUUUUGAUGGGUGUAUUUACUAUUUCACUUUAACUUGGCAUAUCUUUCUUUCAUCUUCCUCUUCUAAUAAGUGUCUCUCCUUCAAAGGAAGAAGAGAUAUGACUCUUCCUUUCUUUUUAAAGGCUCAGAGUUGCUUCUAUAAAUGACUAAAAUCCAGAUAUAUACUAAAUAAAAAGUUUUAUUUUUGCCCAGCAUACCAAGAACCUCUAGGAAAUACAUAUUACAAGUACUUUGUUUUAAUUCAUUUCACUCAAAAUGGCAAAUGAUGACAAGCAGGAGGAAUAUUUCUUUAUCAUUUGAAGCUGUUUCACUUAUAGAAUAAACCAUGUUAGAAUUCUGUGACUUUUUUAUGAUAUGUACUAAUGCAGACUCAUCCAACAAUGUGAAAAUGUGGUCCUGGAAAAGGAAGAAAUGCAAUUUGUGGGUCCUUGUGCUUAUUUCCAAGGCUAUAGUGUCACUCCAAUAUUAUAAUCAACACUGUUACCUUGUUUAUGCUAACACUUAAAACAACGUGUAGUGGUGUUUAUAAAUGACUGAUGAUUCGCUCUCAUCUUUCUAUAGCUCUAAAGGGGAGAAGAUUUGGAUUGUUAGCAAUUUGACACAUGGUCUUUCCUAAAGAGUCUCAGUUGUGUGACUAUACAAAUCAUUGCAUUUCAUCCUUAACGGAAUGAAUUUUAAAGUCUGAAACAAAUUGAGACAACUACUAGUUCCACUUUAAAUAAUGCUAUUUACUCCAAUUAUUAUUGUUGUUUGCAAAAAUGUAUUUUUAGAACGUUAACCUCUUUUCAUACCUGCAUACUUGAACUUGUCUUUUGUUGGGGGGCCUUAAAUUUCAUAAUAGAGAACGGGGAAGUAAAAAGGGAAUGAAGAUGAGGAAAUUGUGGCAAAAGAUAGCUCACAAUCUUCAGCUCUUUAAAUGAACAUAUCCCCAAAUACUGAGACACAGUAUGUCAGUUAAGAAUGUUUCUAGGCAACCUUAAUUUGCAAGCUAGUAUAUUUUCUUAUAUAAUUUUAUUUUGCUAUUUGCUAAAAAACAAAAGAUCACAAUACCACCAUACAAAUUGCCCUCUCUAAUGAUAUGUAUACUACCUCUUCUGUAGAGAAAACUGUCUUUGAAGGGAAGAGUCCUGCUGAUAGUGUCUGUUCUGCCAACAGUGCUGCAGUUACGUGUUUAAACGUUUAAACUCUGCCUGCCCUUUAGAUUUUUACAUGUUUUCAAAUGCUCUCACCGUGAUUUCAUUUCUUCCAUGUCAGUAAGGUUUUUCUUGGAAUAGAUUCACAGCUUAUCAUGAAGUGAGUUUAAUUUAACAAGAAGCCAUCCUAAGAAACAAAGCAAACUGAAAGGAACUACCUCUGUGUGCAAAGUGUAGCCUACAGUUCAAGGUCUAAGGAAGAGAAAUCCAGACACUUGCUGUUUAAAGGCAAAGUUGGUUGAUCCUUGACUUGUAUGGGCACCGAGGGUAUGCUGUAGCCACUUACUGGGUGUGGAUCUGCAUUGUCUAAAACUCCCAUGUAAUUGGAACAAACUUCAUAUCAAUGUUUCAAAUAAAUGCUUAUGUAACCCUUAUUCCUUUAUAUUUGCCUUUGUCUUUCAUGACAAUGUUACAGUUUUUUAGUUAUAUAAAACUUGAAUAACCAUGAGUGAAAACUUUACAGAAAAGUAUGUAGUAAAAUCUGUUUUAUUAGUCCCUAUAUCUUUAAACACUGUCAACACUGUAAAUGUUAACUAGGUUACUUACUCCAGCUGUGUCUAUGGGCAAACCACAGUCCUUCUCUUUUAAAUGACAAUGAUGAUUAAACCAGUCAACUAAGAGCUGUUAGAUGGACAUUAAGAAUAACUUUUUGUUAAGCAAUCUAGUUAAUCAAAAUAGUAAAACUGGCUUAUAUGGGCAGAUAGCUCCAGCAUUCAGAAAUGACUCUUCAAGGUUUCCUCUUGUGUUAAAAGAACCUUUCUCCAAUGAAAUGCAUCCUCUGAUAGCAAUGUUUUUAUCUACUUGUGGAUAAUUUAAUACCAAAAUGCUGCAAGUAAUGAAGGUGUAUUAUGAGGAGACUAAAAAGCAUCUCAUCAGAUAAUCUUAAUUAAGGGCUGUAACUCCUACUUGCUAUAAAUACAUAUAAAUAAGAGGGAAUAAUGCUGAGCUUUGGGGAUCUAUAAUUUUUCAUGAAACUUUCUUUUUGGUGGAUGUAAAAUGUUCACAGAGAGAUGGAAGAAAAUGUUACCGAUGAAUUUAUAAUAGUUUAGAGAAUACACUAAUUCUUCCUCAUGUGAAACUUAUAAAGAGUUAAAAUGAGAACUGAGAGCUGAAAAGUAGCCGGUCUCUAGCUUUUCAAGCAUUUGGGGUUAUAUUUUGAACACUUAAAUCUCCCAACAAAUGGCUCUGUCUAUAUUUAUGCAGGGGCCUUUCUCGCCCUGCUUGUAAGCCACUUCACACCACCGAAAAACAGUGUGAAUUCCGUGUGCACAGGGGUAUUACAGAUGCGGGGUCAUUAACGCUAUAUUGUUGCAUACUAUUUUUCAUAUGCCUUACAAUAUUUUCUGGGAUGUUAUUAAAACGAAAGCAUUUUAUUGCCAAAAUAAAUCUAUGUUGUUACUUCUGCAUUAGCAGUAGAAAAAUAAUGUAGCAAAAAUAUAUAUUGUACAGUACAAAAUUAUAAUAUAUAUAUAUUUUGCCAAUAAAUGAAAAUAGAUUGAGGAGGAAGAAGCACAUGUGUUCUUAUAGCACAAACAACAAAAACCCACUGUUAAAUUUGGCAGUCCUGUUUUUAGAAGUGUGUAGAUUUGGUUCUGUGUUUUAUCACAUCUAUCUCAUCUCUCACCUUUGUAACUUUGCUGCUUGAUAUUUUCCAGCAAUUUAUUUCAUAGCCUUCAAUCUGUGAGUGUAAUUUCCUUAUUUUACCCCGUUAUAUAAAACAUAUGAGUUUUAUUUUGUGUUAAGACUCAUACUAUUUUACUCUAUUUUCUGUUCUUGUUUCUCCUCCUUUGGUAACAAAUGGCACACAGGUGAGCUCACAGGCUCCUCUGGGCUUUGGAUGUUUGAAAGUUUAUGUUUUUUCCCCCCAGCCUCAAGUUAGAGAUCAGUAAAAUGUCCCCAUGGAAAAAUAUUAAGCAGGGAUUCUUUGUUUUGUAAUUGAUACUAUUUCAAGCAUAAGUUAAAGCCAUUAGCUGUAUUUUUAAGCGGUGGGAGGGAAUAAAAAAUAACAUUAUUAAUAGGAAACAUACUAAAAGUAACUAUGGCAAAAUGAUAUAAAAAGAUUCCCCCUAUUCUGAGGGCUGUUGACACCCCAGGCUAUUACUAUGUCUCUGCUGAUGUGGUGGGGAAAAUGCCUUUGUCAAAUAACUUUUCUUUUGGUUAUUUAUUUUAAUAAUUUGUUCCUUUCAUUUUUGUUAUCUAGGUAUGCGUAGCGUUCUCCAAGGCAUGCUGGGUAAAACACACUAUGCAAAUGUAUACGCGCUGCAUGCUUUGUUCUCCCUCUGCUUUAGUGGCUUUAAAGAAAAAAAACGUGGUGUUAUUUUUGUGAACAAAGACAUUUAACAAAGAAAAUGCAGAGUGCAUGCAUACAGUAUCCUAAUUUCUAUGGAUUUGUUUUAUGGAAUUUAAAUGUGUACAAAAAACUGCAUUCAUUUUUUUCUUUUAUAUAAUAAAUUAAAAAAAAAACACCGAAA